GAGUUUUGAGCUUCUUGGGUUUCUCUUUCUUCUUUCUCCUUCACCUAAAAGAAACGGCGAGAAAGAAAAAAGAAUUCUCACAAGGGUCGCCACCAAACAACCAAGAAAGACCCCUACGCUGCGUUUCCUCCUCAGGCGUUUGGAGUCAGAUCACGCGGGUUUUAACACCUCUUUCUUUGUUCUCGGUGCGAAGUAAGGGUUUGGGUUUUGUGUGGGUGAAGAGACGAUUUUCUCAUUCGUGCUUCUUCGAUUAACCCUCCCCUCCCCUCCCCCAGGUUCCUGGCUUCUUCACUGUCAGGAGGCCAGAGACAAAACCAUCGAGUGACUCCUGCACUUACAAUCAGUAUUUUUGGACAAGUUAUGGGAAUCUUUUCACGCAGUUUGGCUAGUAGGAAAUCAAAAGAUGGAAUGAAGAUCAUUGCAGCUGCCUUUUUUGGUGUAACGUUUGGCUUUCUGGUUGGAAUAUCUUUUCCAUCAUUAUCACUCACUAAGGUGAAUCUCCCAACAAAAUUUAUUCCUUCAAACGAUCUCUCAUAUAUAGAGGAAAAGGGUUCCGCAAUUGCAACUCCAGAUAGUCAUAAAUCUUGGUCUUCAUCAAAGAGUAACAACAAUAACACCUCAUCUCGUCCAGUCGACAAAUCAAAGAUAUGGGUUCCUUCAAAUCCUCGUGGUGCUGAAAGAUUGCCACCGGGUAUAGUUGCUGCUGAAUCUGACUUCUAUUUGCGCAGAUUAUGGGGUUUACCUCAUGAGGAUUUGGCCAGCCAACCAAGAUAUCUUGUGACAUUCACUGUUGGUAUCAAACAGAAACAAAAUAUCGAUGCUUGUGUCAAAAAGUUUUCAGGGAACUUCACUAUUCUCCUGUUUCAUUAUGACGGCCGAGUCACUGAGUGGGAUGAGUUUGAAUGGUCCAAGACUGCUAUACACAUCAGUGUCAGAAAACAGACAAAAUGGUGGUAUGCGAAGAGGUUCUUGCACCCUGAUAUUGUAGCGCGAUAUGAUUACAUAUUCAUCUGGGAUGAAGACCUCGGGGUCGAGCAUUUUAAUGCUGAAGAGUACAUAAAGCUGGUGAAGAAGCAUGGCCUUGAGAUUUCCCAACCUGGCUUGGAACCAAACAAAGGGUUAACAUGGCAGAUGACAAAGAGAAGAGGAGAUCGUGAAGUCCACAAGAUAACAGAAGAAAAACCAGGAUGGUGCUCAGAUCCUCACCUCCCUCCAUGUGCUGCAUUCGUUGAGAUCAUGGCUCCUGUAUUUUCAAGAGACGCCUGGAGAUGCGUGUGGCAUAUGAUCCAGAAUGAUUUGGUUCACGGUUGGGGACUCGACUUUGCACUCAGAAGAUGUGCUGAGCCUGCACACGAGAAGAUAGGUGUAGUAGAUUCUCAGUGGAUCAUUCAUCAAACUGUCCCUUCCCUUGGCAGCCAAGGUGAGGCAGUAGAUGGAAAAGCGCCAUGGCAAGGGGUGAGGGACAGAUGCAAAAAGGAGUGGACCAUGUUCCAGAGUAGAAUGGCUAACGCAGAAAAGGAUUAUUUCAAAUCUUUACAAGUUGAAAGCUCCUCCUCCAAUUCAACAGCAACCACCGUUUAAAUAGGAGGAGAGUUGUUAAAAUAGUCAGGCCGAGACCGCUGACAGAUAUAGAGUUUACAAAGUGUAUUUGCAUUUAUACAUUUAGAGUUAUGUAUAUGAUAAUGUAGUGGAUACUCAUCUCUUAGCUUACAACAAAAUCUUCCAUCGAAUAUAAAAAAAAAAGAUAAUGAAUGUCACAAUCUUGAUCCAUAA